GGGGAGUGCGGGCUGGUAACCAGGCAGCCGCGGAGAGAGAGAAGAUUAUAAAUGCCAGAACCAUUUAACUCGUGACUAGCUGUUGCAUCUUGACUCUUUCAAAAAUACUCUUGUGCCAAACACUGCAUUGUGAGGAGUUCGGUAUAAAUAACAAAGGAGAGAUAGCUUUCAAAUUCACCAUGGCUAUCCCCAUAACAGUGCUUGACUGUGAUCUCUUGCUGUAUGGCCGAGGUCACCGGACAUUGGACCGCUUUAAGUUGGAUGAUGUGACCGAUGAAUACUUGAUGUCCAUGUAUGGAUUUCCUCGACAAUUUAUUUAUUAUUUGGUGGAGCUCUUGGGAGCGAGUCUUUCUAGGCCUACUCAACGGUCCAGAGCUAUUAGCCCAGAAACACAGAUCCUAGCCGCAUUGGGCUUCUAUACUUCAGGUUCCUUUCAGACUCGAAUGGGAGAUGCUAUUGGAAUCAGUCAGGCCUCCAUGAGUCGUUGUGUAGCCAAUGUCACUGAAGCACUCGUGGAACGGGCCUCGCAGUUCAUUCACUUUCCAGCUGAUGAAGCCUCCAUACAGGCGCUGAAGGAUGAAUUUUAUGGGCUAACGGGGAUGCCAGGAGUGAUAGGGGUGGUUGACUGUAUCCAUGUGGCAAUCAAGGCUCCAAAUGCUGAAGACCUUUCCUAUGUGAACCGUAAAGGCCUGCAUUCUUUGAACUGCCUCAUGGUGUGUGACCUCAGAGGAGCACUCAUGACUGUGGAGACAAACUGGCCAGGCAGCCUACAGGACUAUGCUGUGCUUCAGCAGUCUUCUCUCUGUACCCAGUUUGAAGCUGGAAUGCACAAAGAUAGCUGGCUCCUUGGUGACAGUGCCUUCUUUCUCCGCACCUGGCUCAUGACACCACUUCACAUUCCUGAAACUCCAGCUGAAUAUCGCUAUAACAUGGCCCAUUCUGCUACUCACAGUGUGAUUGAGAAAACUUUCCGCACCCUCUGUUCCCGAUUCCGCUGUCUAGAUGGAUCCAAGGGAGCCUUGCAGUACUCACCGGAAAAGUCCAGCCACAUCAUCCUGGCUUGUUGUGUCCUCCACAACAUCUCUCUGGAGCAUGGGAUGGACAUUUGGUCCUCCCCACUGACAGGACCCAUGGAACAGCCCCCUGAGGAAGAGUAUGAACACAUGGAGUCCCUGGAUUUAGAGGCUGAUAGAAUCCGCCAGGAGCUGAUGCUCACUCAUUUUAGCUAAGGGGAAGAGGUGGACUUUCCCAAAAUUAUGACAUACUUUCCCCUCCCCACUACCUAUGCAGCUCCAUCAUCUAGUUUGACCGAGUGUGGGGACCCUUGUCAUAAACUGACAUUUAAUCUGUGUUUUAGGAGGCCUGGAGCUAAGUCAACAGGAUCUAAAUUAAUUUGCAAAUUUAUUAACUAAACCCAAACUAAGAC